CUUGUCCGCCGGAGGACUUUUGAUAAAUUUGUAGCCAUCCUAGCAUGCUCAUUUGCAUCACAUAUACUCCACUGCCCAGCCAGACAAGUGAUAAUCAUGGCGGUUAAACCUGCAAGUUGAUUGGUGGUCACAACCCAGUUUUACUCGCCAGACCACCACAAUAGUUGGCUGCACCGACGACGAUUAAUUUGAGCCAAAGCCAUAGCAGGGCCAACAAGUUGGGAUACAUGGAGACCACAGACAACGACGUCGAGGCCUCCAAGCCACCGACCUCGGCAGCGACCGACACCGCCGCCGAGCCUCCAGGCCGGGGGGGCAUCGGCGGCAAUCUCGCGGGUCCGGACGAUCCCAAGCCGCCGCCAUACUCGGUCUUCACGGGCCGACAGAAGCAGUGGAUACUCUUCGCGGCGGCCUUCGCGGCGGCCUUCUCGACCGUCAGCAGCUACGUCUACUUCCCCGCCCUCGUGCCCAUGGCGCGCGACCUCGGCGUGUCCGUCGCGCUGGUCAACCUCACCGUCACGUCGUACCUCGUCGUCGCCGGCGUGGCCCCGGCCUUCAUGGGCGACGUCGCCGACCAGAGCGGCCGGCGGCCGGCGUACGUCGUCAUGUUUGUGCUCAUGGUGGCGUCAAACGUCGGCCUGGCCCUGCAGAAGUCGUAUCCCGCGCUGUUUGUCCUGAGGAUGGUGCAGAGUGCUGGGUCGUCCGGAACAUACGGAGCUGCGUACGGUGUGAUUUCCGACAUCACAACUUCUAGGGACCGUGGUUCCUCGGUUGGGAUCUUGCUCGCCUUUUCAAGCCAAGCACCUAGUUUCGGCCCCGUCCUCGGGGGAGCCCUGGCUCACACUCUCGGAUGGAGAUGGAUCUUCUGGCUCCUUGCCAUCCUCACGGGGACGCACUUUCUAGCCCUGCUCCUCUUCCUCCCCGAGACGCAGCGUAAGAUCGUUGGUAAUGGAAGUAUUCCCGCCCGCGGCAUCUACCGGAGCCUGUUCCCGAUUUUCAUGAGUCCCUCACAGCUUCAGCCCCAGAGUGGCGAUGCCGCACUGACUACACGGAAGAGACACCACAUUCCCAACCCGUUUUCGUGUAUCCCCAUGCUCUUUGAUCGUGGGAACAUAUCCGUCAUCCUGAUAGGGUCCAUCACAUAUGCGGUGAAGAUGACGCUACAGGCGUCGUUGGGAGAACAAUGCAUCGAGAUAUAUGGUUUGAACUACUUGCAAGGCGGACUGAUAUAUCUCCCAUCGGGCAUCGGGGGCUCUCUAGCUUCCUAUGGGACAGGCAAAUAUCUCGAUUGGCAAUACAAGCGUGUAGCCGCUAGAUUAGACCAGAAUCCCAGUCUUCGUCAGGCCAACGAUAUCACGGAUUUCCCGAUAGAGAAAGCAAGGCUAUCUGGGAUAUACGUGUUGGCCUUCUCGAGUGCUGUAGGAAUCGCCGGUUACGGCCUGGGGCUGAUGACAAGAACUCACAUCUCAGUCGCCUUGGUCAUGCAGUUCGUCACGGGAUUCGCAACCUCCAGCAUAUUCACAAUGUGCGGGACGUUGCUUUCCGAUCUCAACCCUACUCGCUCAGCAACGGUACAAGCAUCCUACAACUUGGUGCGAUGCCUGGGAGCGGGCGCCACGAUAGGGAUUCUGAAGCCGUUCAUCAACCGGGCGGGGGUUGGUUGGUGCUUUGGGUUUUAUGCUCUUCUGCUGCUGUUUAUUUUCCCUCUUGCCUGGAUUCUGCAACGGUCUGGGCCGAGUUGGAGGAGAACCGCUGUAGCGGAAGCCUUAGGGAAUGUGGUCGAACGUGGGGAUGGUAGUGAAUCUCCUAUAGAGAAGUAGAGAAGUAACUGUAGAGGAAAUGAGGGUGUAGCUGUAUAUAUUGGGUUGUCGGAAGCUUGUGCAAAUUUCUAGGACGCAAUAAUUAUGGAGAAUGUAGGGCAACCCAAGCUACCUAUUUGCAAG